UCGUUAGCGGGCAACGGAUUUUUUUCCUGAUGAAGUGCCACAUGUAUGGCCAUGAAGAAGCACGUAAAAUAUUCGAUUAAGAUUCAAACAAAUAUUUGGGCCGUACCCAUUUGCCCAACUCCAUUUUCUGAACCUCGUUUUCUAUAUUUAGCUGAUAACCAUUAGUUUUAUCUGCAAACCAGGAUGGCUCAAUUACUCACCACUCUCCACUCCUGUGCAAUCAAUCCUCCAAGCCUUUCAAGUCCGAAUUCUGUCCAUAAAGUAGGCCUCACUCAUUACAAUCUGUCCUGUGUGUUUGAAACCAGAAAUUCUCUAGGUAAAUCAAUUGCUGCCUCUCCCAGGCCAGUUACAUCCAAGAGAUUGCGGAGACAAAUCGGCUGUUCUGCAAGCAACAGCAGUGGUGGGAAGAAAGGAAAUGUGAUUGAAGUUGAGGAUGGUGAGGAGCUAGAGAAAUACAUUCAAGAUGCAGGAGAUAAGCUGGUAGUGGUUGAUGUUUCAACUACAACCUGUGGACCUUGUAAGCUUAUAUAUCCGAAAGUGGUGAAUAUGAGCAUCGAGUAUCCAGAUACUUUAUUUUAUAAAAUCAAUGGAGACAAAAGCAGCAGCACUAGGGCGUUGAUGAGAAAAUGGGGUGUGAGAGCAGUUCCUAAUUUCCGAUUUUACAGGAAAGGGGAACUCCUUCAUUCACAUUCUGGAGCAAAGGAGGAUGAGCUCCGUGCACAAUUUUUAAUACAUUACGUUGGUGUUCAAAGAAUAUCUAGUUAAACGAGACUGGUGUAAUUAUAGUGUAUGAAGAUUAUGGUGCAAUUAUGUACAGCAAACCAUUAUGUAACUCCUUUGUACAGUCUGUUAUUCAGACAAAUACAAUUGACAUAAAGGAGGCCUUAUCAGGCUUUGUUGUGUUCAAGGGUCAUGUCCAUGAAUAACACUGCUGCUAAUUAGUAUUUUUUUGGCAAUCUGCUCCUCAAAACACCUGAUGUUAUGUGGAAUCUAUAGUGUUAUAAAUACUAUUUUGAAACAUAGAUCAGUCAAUGGCAUGCAUAGUUUUUUCA